CUUGGCUACAACUCGGUCGAACUGCUGGGUGCGAAGUACUCUCUACCGAGCGAGUGGCCGCCAGUUCAGGAGGACCAGUGGAUGCGUACGAUCCUAGUGGCAAGGAGUCGCAGACAUACAGCAGUGACUUUGCGGAAAAGGUUUCUUUACAUGUGGAAAUAUGUUACUGGAUGUAAAGCGUAUGACUCUUGAGCAUCGUAGGUAGGAAGUGUACUAGAAGGGAGUGAACUAGUGGAAUGAUAUGGGGAUACUGUCAUUGUGAUCGGUAAAUCGGCACACAUCUUUGCUACGAUCGCUAUCGUUCACUAGUGCGGAUGUGAAGACCGUUGUGUAACUCGUAUUGAUGUUCCUGGCCGCCUAGCACCGUGGCAGUGACAUCAGCGACUCUUGGUGGUUGACAGUGAUGUGUGGCUUGUGCAUGGGCAGGCUACGCCCACGUGCUGUAGGACUCCGAUGGGCAGACUUGUGCGUGGCCAGGCAAUGCCCACGCGCUGUAGGACUGCGAUGGGCACUAGUGACGUCGGCAGCGUUGCUGGUCUGGUUCUGCGUGCACCACACGUGGUACACACGGUCGGUCUUCUGGGAAGACGACGUGGCGGCGGCGAGCGCGCCUUUCACGUAUCGCUUCUCCAGUAACAACCAUCCUUUCCCAGGAAUCGCGCUGUCCGAGGUGAGCGUGAAGUGCUUACCACGUGGCGCCGUGACCGUGCGCUCUGGCGGCCGCCUGGGGAACCUCAUCAUGGAGUUCCUCUCCCUCUGGACGGCUGCGCGCCUCCACAACCUCACCGCCUUCGUCCCGCCGCAGCUGCGCGAUCGCCUCCACGAGGUGUUCGAGCCGCUGGGCGUGCCGGACACGGUCGAGUUCCUCUCGCAGUCGGGGUGCCCCGCGGACGCCAUGGAGGAGGCUGACCAGCGCCUCUUCAAGGUCGACCUAGAGACGGUGUCGCUGGCGGAGGUUGUCACACAGGCCAAGGAACUGCACGUGCCCAUCAUCUUCGAGGUAUACAUCAUCCUACCGGAGACGAUAAUUCCACUGGCUGCCGACGUGAGGCGCCACUUCCGCUACUCGCCGAAGCUACGCGAGUACGCAGAGAACAAGCUGCGGUCACUCAGGAGGACCGUUCUCGAGACCAGUCCUAACGUCAAGGAGGUGGUGUUCGCGGGCGUGCACGUGCGACGCACCGACUACGCGGACCACCUGCGGCUGCUCUACAACUCGGACCGGCCGGCGGACGAGCGCUACUACGGCCGCGCCGCCCUCUGGCUCAACUCCACGGUGGUGCCCUCAGGUGGCGAACUUGUGCUGGUGGUGGCGUCUGAUGACCCGUACUGGGUGCAGGUUGUUCUGCUGCCACACCUGCGAUCCCUGGGUCUGCGACAUACCUUCCUAGUGGGGGAUGGCGUGCUGGACGAGCCGGAGUUGGAUCUGGCACUACUGUCCGGUUGCAACCACUCUGUGCUCGCCUAUGGCACCUUUGGUCUCUUUUCAGCCCUAAUGACUGGCGGGCGCGCAGCCGUCUACCACCUGCAACGAGGAGACGCCGUGUCGCCUGCCAUGCAGUUUGCACAGCACAUUCCUGGUUGGGUCGCCAUCUCACAGUGAGGAUCUUAAGAUGGAGGACCUGAGGGGCAGUAGGCAUGUCACCACUAGCACCACAACGCUGUCAUUUCAUGCAUCAUACAGUUCGCUAAACACGUUUCUGACUGGGUUGCUAUCUCGCAGUUAGAAACUCGAGAUGGUAUCUUUGAUGGACAGUAGGAGCACCAUCUUUAACUCUCCAUAUAGUUCACCCAGGAGACAUUAGACUCAACGUGCUGAUACUUCUCCAUGAUGCCACUAGGAUGUGUCUGUGUUCAAUUUAGAUUGUAGGGAAGUUUUUUUUGGGGGGGGGGGGGGAGGGAGACCAGACA